AUGUCCGAAAUUAAUAACAGAAAGUUAUUAAUUAAAGAAAUUGAAAAAAUAGCAAAUAAUAAGAUAAAGCAACAGCCAGAAUGUGAAGAGAAUCCACAACCGCUAUUGACAACCGAAGAUAGUGUAAAGAAAGUGGAAAGGUUGAAAAAAAGAUUUAGAACAAACGUAGAUGAUGCCGUAAAUGAUCAAAUGGAUUGGACUUACUCGGUUCAAGUAAUAGAAGCUGAAAAUCAAACCAUUAAUCAGCAACAAAUUGACAGAGAAAAUAAAACUAUAAUGGAUGAUUUAUUGAUUCUCUUUGACAAUAUUUUCAAAUUUAAUAAAAAUUACGAAGCAAAUUUAGAAAUAAUUUCUGAAAAAUUUAUAUUUUUACAAAGUUUACAAG